AGAGAAGGUGGAGGCAAAAGACAAGCCUUCUUCUUCUUCUUAGUAAAACAAGAGCGCAGUACACCUCGAGCACUCCAAAACCAGCACAGCCCUUGACUGACACACACUCGUGCGUGCACACCCACACCCAGCACGUUUGAGGUUGUGGAAUGCGCCUGCUGUGGUGGAGACUGACAGGGCAGGCAGCCAGCGUUGAGUCACAGCACUGCGCUUUCUAUAGAAGAAUACCGGCUGCGCCCUGGAAACACAUGCAGAAAGCUUUGCACAUUGAAAACAAACCCUGAAUGCUACGGAUGAAACACAGAUACUUCCACACCCGAGGAUUAAUAAGUGAUGCACCAGUGACUGCAUGCAAACAGAAGCCCGGGCUAUCAUCUCUGCACUGGAUGAUGAUGCUCCUUGUCCUGGAUCCUAGGCACUGAGGGACAUUUUAACUGGAUUGUGUGUACGGCGUGAGUGUCAGGAUGGCGGCAGGAUGGAUCUGGACACUGGUAUUGUGUGUGGCACUGUGGAGAGAGACUUCUGUACAUGGAGCAAAGAACAACUAUCCGAGAUUACGUCUGUCCCAUAAAGAGCUCUGGGAGUUGAACAGGACAUGGGUGUUCCAGGCAGCAGAAGGCAGAUUGCAGCACUACAGUAUGCUGCUGGAUGAGACUCAGGAGAGGCUGAUUGUUGGAGGGAAGAACGCACUGUACUCUCUUAACCUGGACAGAGUCAGUGAGCCUCAUAAAGAGAUUCACUGGGCUAGUUCCGAUGAGCAGGUGGAUGACUGUCUCAUGCAGGGCAGGGAGAAGCCGGAAUGUGCUAACUACAUCAAGCUGAUCCAGCCGUAUAACAGCACUCAUCUGCUAGCAUGCGGGACUGGAGCCUUCAGCCCGAUGUGUGCCUACAUCAGAGUCGGCCAUGGAGCAGAGGACGCAGCGUUUCAGCUGGAGACCGAGCACAUUGAGAGCGGCAGAGGGAGAUCCCCAUUUCACCCCAACAGCCCCACAACAUCCACAGUGUCCAGAGAUCAGUUGUUUGUGGGUUUAUACACUGAUUACUGGGAGAACGAUGCAGCGCUGUAUCGCCUCGGCAGCCACAGCUACACCAGGACAGAAGUAGGAGACAGACAGCAAUUAGAUGAGCCGAAGUUUGUUGGUUCAGUAGUGAUUCCAGAUAAUGACGACCCCGCCGAUGACAAAGUUUACUUCUUCUUCACUGAGAAAGUAUCUACCACAGAGGCAGCAAAUAAGGCUGUCUACAGCAGGGUGGCUCGUGUAUGUGCUAAUGAUCAGGGUGGUCAGAGGAUGUUGGUGAACAAGUGGAGCUCUUUCCUCAAGGCUCGUUUGAUAUGCUCAGUGGCAGGAGCCAAUGGCAUCGACACCCACUUUGACGAGCUGGAGGAUAUCUUUGUGCUGAAGCGGAAGGAGGAAAAGAAUCCUGAGAUCUUUGGUCUAUUCAGCACAUCCAGUGCCGUGUUUAAAGGUUAUGCAGUUUGUGAGUAUAACAUGGAGGAGAUCCGAGCUGCAUUUAAUGGUCCGUUUGCGCAUCGAGAGCACUCUGACCACCACUGGGGUGUGUAUGAAGGGAAGGUUCCAUACCCUCGCCCUGGAUCUUGUGCCAGUAAGGUUAAUGGUGGUCAGUUCUCCAGUUCUAAAGGCUAUCCGGAUGAGGUUCUGCGUUUCGUGCGUUCUCAUCCGCUCAUGUUCCAGCCAGUGCACCCGGUCCACAGGAGACCAAUCCUCCUGGACACAGACGGUGGACGCAGGCUCACCGAGAUCGCUGUGGACAGAGUGGAGGCUAAGGAUGGACAUUAUAAUGUUCUGUUCAUUGGAACAGAUGAUUCAGCAGUGUUAAAAUUGAUUACCAUUUUCAACAAAGAGGCCAACACGAUCGAAGAAGUGCUUCUGGAGGAGCUACAAGUGUUUAAGGUUCCAGUGCCCAUUACAGAAAUUAUCAUCUCAAAUAAAAGGCAACACCUGUACGUUGGCUCGGAGUUGGGAGUGGCACAGGUUCAAGUGCACCAAUGUGGCCUGUAUGGCUCCGCCUGCGCUGACUGCUGCCUAGCCAGAGAUCCGUACUGUGCCUGGGAUGGCCAUACAUGCUCUAGAUACAUGCCUGCAGGCAUUUACACACACAAGAGGCGAUUCAGAAGGCAGGAUGUCCGUCAUGGCAAUGCAGUGCAGCAGUGUAAUGGGCUUCAGCUGAAUGAGGCUCAGAGUGUGUCAGAGAAAUUAGUGUAUGGGGUGGAAAAGAACAGCACUCUGUUAGAGUGUAGAGCCCGAUCCUUGCAGGCUUUACUUACAUGGUACAUGAUAAAGGGAUCAGACCUGGAAGAGAUUAAAGACACUGAUAACGUUAUUCAGACGCCUCAUGGCUUGUUAUUUCUGGCAACCAAGAAGUCUGACACCGGCGUGUACCUGUGCCAGUCUGUGGAGCAUGGCUUCGUCCAGACCAUAUCAAGAGUGACUUUGGAGGUGCUGGAAGAGGACAGACUGGAGAGUCUGUUCCACAGAAGAGACAAUGAUGAGAGCGAGGCCCAACUGCGUUCUUCCCCCUGCCCUUUCCCAAGCCUCCCAUCUGCCCCUUCCUCCAGAAAGCUCUGGUAUAAAGAAUUCAUGCAGCUGAUCGGUUACAGCAACUUCCAGCGGGUGGAGCAGUACUGCGAGAGGGUGUGGUGUGCAUCUGACAGGAAGAGGAAGAAGCUCAAAGGUGCACCGUCCAAAUGGAGCUAUUCCCAUGGGGGUGAACGGCGUGGCAAGGCUCGAGCGCCCAGACAAACACAGGACUAGUGAAGAGCCCACUAUACUCUGAACUGAACAGACAGACCAAUGGGUUGCGUUUACAUUCAGACUUAUUUUGCCCAUUAUUGUGUAAACGUACAGUAAAAAAAUAAAGAAACCAAAUUAUGUUUGAGUUUAGUAGUAUCAUCUAGGAAUGCAUCUCCAGAUACAAUUAGAUGCUAUUUUUAUGCUAUCCAUUGUCAUUUUUGCCAACUAAAAAAAAAAAAAAAUCUUAAUGUUUAUGAUGAUGCCUGAUGAUCUGAAUUCCAUUGUUUGGUUUGGAAUGUACUAAAUAGUAGAAGGUGUAGAAUUAAUGUAUACUGUAUAUAUAUAAAACUGUGCUUGGUGGUAAAGCUCAUUUUGACAAUGACAGUCAUAAGCUGAUGGUGAAUACACAGAUCCUGGAAUGUGUUUGGGUAAUAACAGAGACUCCUAAAAUGAAAUGCAGUGACCCCACUGUUCCCUGUCACACACUGACAAACGCGGGCAUGGAGUGCUUCCAUUUACAACAGCGUGUGCUCUCAUGUGAGAAGCGAGAGAAUAACUUUUCCUUGGUUGACAGCCAAAAAUUUGGAUUCAACACCGAUUACUUCCUUGUGAAUAGGAUGACUCAUUAUUCUCAAUAUAGCUAACACUGUUUAUUCUCAGAUUCCCUGCGCACAAAGACAGGCAACGUUUUCUGCACAUACUUUACGUAUUUAUCACUUGUAUUUUAUAUUAAAUUAUUGUAGUUGGUGUUUGGUAGUGGUUUAGAUGUCCUUAUUAGUUUGAACUGGAGAUAUGUAACUGCCUGUGUUUCGUGAUUAUACUGUAGGUUUUUAGAUCGCUGAUGUGUAAUUACCAUUUAUAAAGACUCAUUUACAUAACAUUAAGAACACACGGUUUCUUAAUAAACCCAAUGAAAUCAAAGACUGUUUUCAGCAUUGUAAGUCAUGUUCGGAGUCUUUACCGUGCUUAUUAACUACUCUCAGGUUUGGAAUAAAACAUGGACAGCCCAUGGUAAUGCCAAGCUACUCUACACUACCAACCAAAACACACUAAUGCUAAUUUCAUGGUAUUUUCUUUUUUUUUUCUUUCUAUAGUACAUCAUAAUAAUAUGAUCAUUUUGAGAUUUUGAGAUAUGUCUGCUUUAGAGCAUAUGAUCUGUGAAGGCUUCAUAACAGCUCUAAUCUGAGAUGCUGUUAACUCUAAAUGAACUUGCAGCAGAGGUAAGCUUUGGUCUUGCUCUCCUGGGAAGGUCUUCAUGAGAGUUAGUUUCAUCAUGGUGCCUGAUGGGUUUUGCAAAUGCACUUGACAAUACUGUUCUUGCAAGAAUUGUUCCAGAACAUCUGACCUUCAUGUUUUAAAAUAACCACUGACUUAAUUACCUUAUGCCAUAUGUUAUUUCAUUGUUUUGAAAUCUCCAGUAUUGUUCUAGAAUGCAGAAAAAUAAAUCCAAACCUAUGUCCAAACUUU